AUGGCUGCCGCCGAUGUUCGCGACAUGCUCGACUUGCCCGCGGAGGGCCAACCGCGACCUCACAAGAAACAGAAAGUUGUGGAGAAGAGGCCAGAGGGAAUUACCCGUGAACUCUUCGCGCUUCUAGGAGAACGAGCACCCCCGAUCGCGAUCAACGAGAACAGAUACAAGGGACGGCCGAAAUGGCAGACCAAAGCUCGCGUGCGGCCUUGGCGUAUGACCCCCUUCUCGAACGAGGCGCGAUCGGAUGACCUCGUUUUACGACACUGGCAGAGAGAACCCGGAUCAACACAGACGCCGGCGAUUGAGGAUAUGAAAAUGGAGGGAGAAACGACAGAGCAGCAAGGAGAACAGAAAUCCAAUGAACCACAGUACCCGUUUGCUAAGUACAAUAUCAAAAUAAACGUUCCCAAACGAUAUACUACGGACGAAUACAACCGCCAUCUGAGGAGCGACGAGUGGUCGCGAGAAGAGACGGAUUAUUUGAUGGACUUGGUAGAGGAGUAUCAUCUCCGCUGGGUGGUCAUUGCCGAUCGAUACGAUUUCCAACCGCGACCAGUCGACAAUCCCGACGACAACACAGAUACGUCGACCGCACUGGUACCCAGCAAACAAUUCAGAACCAUGGAGCAGAUGAAAGCCCGCUACUACUUCAUCGCCGCCUCAAUGCUCGCCCUCGAAACUCCACCAUCCACCAUGUCGCCGCCAGAGUUUGAGCUGCAUGAAAUGAUGACGAAGUUCGACCCCGAGCGCGAGCGCCACCGCAAGGAACUUGCCGCCCUCCAAUUAAACCGCACAGCGGACGAAGUCCGCGAGGAAACCGUCCUCCUCGAAGAACUCAAGCGCAUCGCAGCCAACGAGCAGGAAUUCGUCACUGAACGCAGAGAGCUCUACUCCCGCCUCGACAUCCCCGUCAGCGUCAGCAACGCAACGAACUACCACAACAGCCAGGGCCUCUCCCACCUCCUUCAAACCCUUCUCCAAGCAGAUAAGAGCAAAAAGCGCCGCUCUAUUCUCGGUCCCGACGGCAUCGUUCCUACACCAGGCGGCCAAACCCCCACGAUCCCCAAUGGCCCUGGCAGCGCCCGCGACAGCAGCAGAGCAGACACGCCCAACGGUGGCACCACACAACCCGCAACAACCAAAAAGGCCGCCGCAGCAGCCAACAAGGAAGCAGCGCAGCAAGCAAUUCGUACCCUUACGCCUGCAGAAGAAGCCCGCUACGGCGUGCAACACCACGACCGCCUUGCACCAGGCGUGCAAUUCCGCUCUGAUCGCGUUCAAAAACUCACGCAGGCGAAAUCCCACGUCCAGACACAGAAACUUGGUGCCGCGCUCGCUGAGCUGGAGGUGCCGCUUCGUCUGGUCAUGCCGACGGAGCGAGUGGUCAAGAACUUUGAGAAGCUGAUUCACUCCGUCAACCUCCUGCUGGACGCGCGCAAGGUCGCUGAGAAGGUGGAGAGCGAGAUCCGUGUAUUGGAAGCGGCGAAGGAGGAGCGGGAACGGAAGGCAAAGGAGUUUAAGGAGAAGGAUAAGCCUGAGGUCAAGUCGGAGCAGCGCGAUGAAGAUGCUCCUGUUCCACCUGCGCCUGUGUCUGGUGCUGUAGGCAGUGCUCCGCAGAGUGGGCAACCUGUCAAUGCAAGCGAAGGACAAGCGAAUCCGGAUGCCUCGUCUACUGCGAAUAAUCCUGCCAGUGGUGAACCGGCUACGAAAGAAAAGGAGGGCGUCUCUCAUAAGCGUUCUGCCAGCGUGCUCAGCAAUGGAAGUGACAAGAGCUCCAAGCGGCAGAAGAAAUGA